AACAACGAACAAACUCUCUGUGAUGAUGCCGUAUUGUUAUCCCUCUUUGUUCUGUUUUAAAACCUUUUUUAGGACAUUUGGCGGGCUUCUGUUAGCGUUUUGGCAACUCGAUUGGCGCGUUUCUGGAGAUGCCAGAACCUUUGCAAGUCCUCUGCCCUGGAGUAAAUCUGCCACCUGACCUACUCCCUGAUGAUACACAAGUAGAGUAUGAUCGCUGUGGGCGUCCAGCUUUGGAAGUUGACUACGAUGACCCUGAUGAUGAAAUUUGUGCUGACAUGAGAGAUCACAACCGCUAUGCUAACCUUGCAUUGGCAUACUACAAUGACAAACAUUGCACUGACUAUAAGGUUGUUAAGGUUCCUGGAGGCCGGCAGAUCUAUGAGGUAACGGUGGGUGCUCAAGUCAUUGUUCACUGUGGCUUUUCUGCUUCACAAUCCACAGCUGCUGAGUGUGAUUCAUCAGUUAAAAGCUUCUUUGCGCGUUGGAGCAAUCAGAACAAGAUAAUGAUGAUGUGCGUGUUAUUUCUUGUUGCAUUGCAGACGAAUCUUUUCACAGCAUAUAUUCUUUGUGGAUUAGAAUACGCCAUGGCUUUCAAAGAUGUAAUCAACCUACUUGAUUGUCUCAAAACUGUAGGCUGUAAGGGCUGCGAUAUUACAAUGUGUGGUCCACGUGAUCCAUCGUGGCAUGAGAAGAAGGUCGAGGAUUCAAAACCUAGGGAAGAUAAAUUUCCUUUAUCAAAAUAUGCCCAUUAUUUGGCUGAUGGGGUGAGCUUGAGUGAUAAGGCGAGGUUGAGGCUUCCUUACCCAUUAUUGGCAUUGGAUUACUACAACAAAAAGCAUCGUACAGACUACAAGCUUGUGGAUGCCUUGCCAUUAUGCGAAUUGGUUGGGUUCAAUUUUAUGAUUCAUUUGAACUUUAUGGCAAGGCAAGAAGGUGAUGUGUCAAACACGCUCUUCUUUGCUGAACUAGAGACAUGCAAGCGUGGUUGGGUUGUUACUGCUUGUCGCAAAUUACAGGGAUGUAAAACCACUGCUGGAUGCUAUAUCUGUACGAAUCGUUGGGGGAAGAGAGUUAUUCAUCCCACUUCUGGAUUUCGUUUUGGGCGUUACCCUGAUGUAAAUCGAAGCCUACGCAAACGCCGCUAGAAUUAUAUGGAACCCUACGCAUUGGCUGCUAGAAGCCUAGAAUUAUGUGGGUCUUUUUUUGGCUUGGGAGUGUAAGUGGCGAAGAACGUUGAAGUGAUUUGUAAUUUAUGAAAUUGUUGUUGUGCCAAGUUAAUUAACUAUGUUGUGGCAG